AUGCGCGCCUUCGCUUUCGUCUCUGCCCUCGCGGCUGUCGCUUUCGCCCAGGACUCUUCCUCUGCCGCUGAGUCUUCUGCUGUCGCUUCCUCUGAGGCUGCCUCUUCUUCUGUCGAUCCUGCUCCUCAGACCUCCUACCUCGCGCAGACCAACUCUCUGGGCGUUGUAACUGGCGGACCGGCCGUUGCCACCUCGCAGCCCACUCAGCCUGCUGCUGACACCUCCAUUCCUUCGCAGCCUGCGGUUGUGACCUCUCUUCCCGCCGGCGUCUCCAUCCCCGCGCAAGCAUCUGGCGUCCACACCGUUGUCAUCCCCAUCGGCAACAACAGCACCACCCAGGUCGUUGUCUCCGCCAACAACUCCACCACUGUCGUCCUCGUUCCUAGCACUGCCUCAGGUGCUGAGACCACCGGCACCGGCAAGGCGACUGGAAGCAAGGCAACUGGCUCUGAUGCCACCGGCUCUGACGCUACCGGCUCAGAUGCCACUGGCACCGGUGCCGAGUCAACCAGCACCCCCGGCGCUGCCGCCAACGUCCAGGUCGCUGCUGGCUUCCUCGGCGCUGGUCUCCUUGCUGCUUUCUUGUAA